AAGAGAUCUUGAAAGCUAUCUGUAGUCUCUCAAGUCCCAACCUGCUUCUUAUUGAAGUACCCAAAGCAUGUCUACAACCGAAAAGGGGCUUUCAAGUGCUUUGAAUGCCAGAAUCGAAGGGUGCGGCACUGAAACUAUAGUGUUUGCUCAUGGCUAUGGAACGGACCAGUCGAUAUGGGACAAAAUACAUCCUUUGGUUCUUGCUUUAAAUUACCGUCUUGUUACGUUUGAUUGGGCUUUUGCUGGAACUGUGAAGGAUCAGAGCCUCUAUGACCCUCACAAGUAUUCCUCUGUGGAAGCUUUUGCUGAUGACUUGAUCACUCUGCUGAAUGAGAUGGACCUCAAAGCUGUCACUUUUGUUGGCCACUCCAUGUCGGGCAUCAUUGGUUGCAUUGCCUCUGUCAAAAGACCUCAACUCUUCAAGACCCUUAUUCUCGUUGGUGCUUCCCCAAGGUUUCUAAAUUCAGAUGAUUAUGAGGGAGGCUUUAACAGCUCAGAUAUUGAGCAAUUGCUCUCAAACAUAGGAACCAACUAUGAAAACUUUGCUUCUGGCUUCGCCUCAUUAAUAGCGGAUCCAACUAAUGAAGACACUGUGGACAAAUAUGAGAAGUGCUUGAAGAGAAUGCAAGGUGAAGUUGCUCUGUCCUUGGCCAAGACCAUAUUCUAUUCUGAUUGGAGAGAGAUACUUGACAAGGUGGAGACUCCAUGCACUAUCAUUCAGACCAAAAAGGAUGCAGCUGUGCCACACAACGUAGCGCUCUACAUGAAGAACAAAAUUAAAGGGAAAGUUACUUUAGAGAUCAUAGAUACACUUGGCCAUUUCCCCCAGUUAACUGCACACCUUAAGUUCGUUCAAGUGCUCAAGGCUGCUCUAGCUUCAUAAAACGAGGAAUAAAUAUAUAAAACAUGUUAUUUUAAUAUUUUCUUAACGCAUACUUUAUGGUUGAAUUUCGUCUCAUAGUACUUGUUUUACAAUUGAGCAAGUAUAGACGUAGUCCAAUAAUAAAAGUAUGUUAAAGAAAAUAUUCAAAAAAGAUAUUAUCUAGUUUACUACUAGUCUUCCAAAAAGAAAUAAACAUUUAUAUGCUACUCUUUGUGGCACUUAAUCUCUCUACUUUUAUUCUCAUAACGAAAAAAAAUAUGUAUGAAUUAAGAUAUGCUAUAUAUGCAAUCAGCGUCUGUGAUUUAGAUUUCCUAUUAGGAGAAACAAUGUGUUUGUGUCGAAAUAAUGUGUGAUAUUUGUAUUUGUUAACUGAUUAGUGUGCAGACUGGAAAGAUGCAUGGGAUAUUAAUGUUUGAUUA